ACCUCUCCUGGACAUGCUCCUCUCACACUGCCAGAGGAGGACGCACGAGGAGGAGGAGAAGGAGAAAGAGGAGAUGAGGAGAAGCAGCUGCCUCUUCUCUCCUAUUGCUCCAUCACUUUAAAAUGAGAAGAGCAACAACCAAAAGAAAACAGGACACAGGAAUUACUUUGGUACCAGAACCCCUACUCUUCCCCAUUCUCCUUUUCAAGGAGGGCAUUUUUCUUCCCUUUCCCCCCCUUUCCUUUUCUACCCCGAUUUUUUCCUCUGAGGUCCCGGUUUUGUUUUUGUCAUCAGCAAGCCCCUGAACUUCUCUGGGAUUUCAGGUGAGGCGCGCGUGUGCAGUGUGUGGUGCCUUUCCCCAUCAUUUUUCUAUACCUAUCAUGGCUCACGCGGCCUCCCAGCUGAAGAAGAAUCGGGGGGAAGUGGAUGUGAAUGCAUUAGAGGACGAGAAGGAGAAGCGGAGGAAGAGCAGGAGAGCAUCGUCCCGGGAACAAAAGAGAAAGUCUGACAGUAAUGCUAGUUACCUGCGAGCUGCCCGGGCGGGAAACCUUGAAAAAGUCCUUGACUACCUCAAGUCUGGAGUUGAGAUCAACAUUUGCAAUCAGAAUGGGCUAAAUGCUCUACACCUGGCCUCCAAAGAGGGACAUGUAGAGGUUGUUGCUGAGCUGCUGAAGCUUGAAGCAACAGUGGAUGCAGCCACAAAGAAAGGAAACACUGCUCUGCACAUAGCCUCACUGGCUGGCCAGACGGAAGUCGUCAAAGAGCUGGUCACUAACGGAGCCAAUGUCAACGCACAAUCUCAGAAUGGCUUCACUCCUCUGUACAUGGCGGCCCAGGAGAAUCACCUGGAGGUGGUGCGGUUCCUUCUGGAGAACAACGCCAGCCAGAGUAUUGCCACCGAGGAUGGCUUCACCCCUCUAGCGGUGGCCCUCCAGCAGGGCCAUGACCAGGUGGUCUCCCUGCUACUGGAGAACGAUACAAAGGGCAAGGUGCGUCUGCCUGCCCUGCACAUCGCUGCACGCAAGGAUGACACCAAGGCCGCGGCCCUGCUCCUUCAGAACGACCACAAUGCCGACGUGGAGUCCAAGAGUGGCUUUACCCCCCUGCACAUCGCUGCUCAUUAUGGCAACAUUAACGUGGCCACAUUGCUGUUGAACAGAGGGGCUGCUGUGGACUUCAUGGCUAGGAAUGACAUCACUCCACUUCAUGUGGCAUCAAAAAGGGGCAACAGCAACAUGGUGAAGUUACUACUAGACAGAGGGGCCAAAAUAGAUGUAAAGACCAAGGACGGUCUAACACCUCUUCACUGUGGAGCGAGGAGCGGCCAUGAACAGGUGGUAGAAAUCCUGUUGGACCGAGGAGCUCCUAUCCUGUCCAAGACCAAGAACGGCCUGUCACCGCUGCACAUGGCCACUCAGGGGGACCACCUGAACUGCGUCCAGCUCCUGCUGCAUCACGAUGUGCCGGUGGAUGACGUCACCAACGACUAUCUGACUGCACUGCAUGUUGCUGCACACUGCGGGCACUACAAGGUGGCCAAGCUCAUCGUGGACAAGAAGGCUAACCCAAAUGCAAAGGCUCUGAAUGGUUUCACUCCUCUUCAUAUCGCCUGCAAGAAGAACAGAGUGAAAGUGAUGGAGCUCUUGCUGAAGCAUGGUGCUUCUAUCCAGGCUGUUACAGAGUCUGGCCUAACGCCAAUCCAUGUGGCAGCCUUCAUGGGCCAUGAGAACAUUGUUCAUGCGCUGACACGCCACGGAGCAUCACCCAACACAACCAACGUUCGAGGGGAGACGGCUCUCCACAUGGCAGCAAGGGCAGGCCAGGCAGAUGUAGUUCGAUACCUGCUGAAGAAUGGUGCCAAGGUGGACACCAAGUCUAAGGACGACCAGACAGCGUUGCACAUCUCCAGUCGGCUGGGAAAGGUUGACAUCGUCCAGCAGCUGCUGCAUUGUGGUGCAUCUGCCAACUCUGCCACCACUUCAGGUUAUACUCCCCUACACCUGGCCGCCCGCGAAGGACACCAAGAUGUUGCGUCCAUGCUGCUGGAGAACGGUGCCUCACUUUCAUCCUCCACAAAGAAAGGGUUCACUCCGCUGCAUGUAGCAGCCAAGUAUGGUAAGAUGGAAGUGGCCAGUUUGCUCCUUCAGAAGAGAGCCCCGCCGGACGCUGCCGGAAAGAGUGGCCUAACUCCGCUGCAUGUAGCCGCUCACUACGAUAAUCAGAGAGUGGCGCUGUUGUUACUGGAUCAGGGAUCUUCACCACAUGCUGCCGCCAAGAAUGGCUACACACCUCUCCACAUCGCUGCCAAAAAGAACCAAAUGGACAUCGGGACCACACUGCUGGAGUACGGCGCGGACACCAACGCAAUGACACGGCAGGGCAUCACUCCAAUUCAUCUGGCAGCCCAGGAGGGCAGCGUGGACCUAGUGUCCCUUCUGCUGGCUAAGAAUGCUAACGUCAAUGUGUGCAAUAAGAGCGGACUCACGCCCCUGCACUUAGCAGCUCAGGAAGAUAGAGUCAAUGUUGCAGAAGUCCUUCUAAACCACGGUGCGGAUGUUGACCCACAAACUAAGAUCGGUUACACCCCGCUACAUGUGGCUUGUCACUACGGCAAUGCAAAGAUGGUGAAUUUCCUUUUGGAGAACCAUGCCAAAGUCAAUGCCAAAACAAAGAAUGGCUACACUCCACUCCACCAAGCGGCUCAGCAGGGACACACCCACAUCAUCAACCUACUGCUUCAGCACGGAGCCUCAGCUAACGAGCUCACCGUGAAUGGGAACACUGCCCUUUCCAUUGCCCGUCGUCUGGGUUAUAUCUCUGUGGUGGACACUCUGAGGCCCAUGACCGAUGAAAAUCUCUCAGCCAUGAGUCCAUCAGAGAAACACAAAAUCAACGUCCCAGAGACCAUAAACGAGUUCCUGGACAUGUCAGAUGAUGAAGGUGAGGAUGCCAUGACCGGUGACACAGACAAAUACCUGCGACCUCAGGACCUGAAGGAGCUUGGGGAUGAUUCUCUCCCCCAGGAGGGCUAUAUGGGCUUCAGCAUAGGGGCCCGCUCCGCCAGCCCUAGAAUCAGUUCGGAUAGGUCCAACACUCUCAACCGGAGCUCCUUUGCCAGAGACAGCAUGAUGAUUGAGGAGAUUCUGGCCCCCCCAAAAGAUCCGCACCUCGCCGUGACCGGGGACUAUAGUUCAGACUGUAUGCGCCGCUACAGCUGGACUCCGGACACUGUGGACCACAGUCACAACACUGCUUCCAGCCCUAUUCACUCUGGCUGCUCGUCCCCGUUCGCUCAGUAUGACCCAAGGUUCUUGGUCAGCUUCAUGGUGGAUGCUCGUGGUGGUUCAAUGAGAGGAAGCCGUCACAAUGGGAUGCGCAUCAUCAUUCCUCCCAGGAAUUGCACGGCACCUACGCGCAUCACCUGUCGCUUAGCUAAAAGGCACAAACUGGCCUAUCCUCCGCCUAUGGUGGAGGGAGAGGGGCUGGUCAGUCGAUUAAUUGAGGUCGGACCUGCUGGUGCUCAGUUUCUUGGACCUGUUAUUGUGGAAAUCCCUCAUUUUGGUUCAAUGAGAGGGAAAGAAAGGGAGCUGAUUGUGUUAAGGAGUGAUAACGGGGACACUUGGAAGGAACACCAGUUUGACACUAGGCCAGAAGACCUCACGGAACUGCUCGCUGGGAUGGAUGAAGAGAUGGACAGUCCCGAGGAGUUGGAGAAGAAGCGCAUCUGCCGCAUCAUCACAAGGGAUUUUCCGCAGUAUUUUGCUGUGGUGUCCAGGAUCAAGCAAGAGUCCAAUCACAUGGGUCCUGACGGAGGCGUCCUCUCCUGCAGCACGGUGCAGAUGGUCGAAGCCUCGUUUCCACAGGGAGCUCUAACCAAGAGGAUCCGUGUGGGUCUGCAGGCUCAGCCAGUGCCAGAUGAGUUAGUUAGGGCGGUCCUUGGAAACAGAGCAACCUUCAGCCCCAUCGUCACCGUUGAGCCUAGAAGGAGAAAGUUUCACAAGCCGAUCACUAUGACGAUCCCAGUCCCUCCCCGAUCGGCAGAAGGUCAUCCUAGUGGCCAGCGAGGCGAGUCUGCGCCAUGCCUGCGCUUGCUCUGCAGCAUCACAGGAGGGACGUCUCCUGCACAGUGGGAGGACAUCACAGGAACCACACCGCUGUCCUUUGUAACUGACUGUGUCUCCUUCACCACAAAUGUAUCGGCCAGGUUCUGGCUUGCAGACUGUCACCAGAUUCCUGAGACGGUAAGUCUAGCGUCUCAGUUAUACCGGGAGCUGAUCUGCGUGCCAUACCUGGCCAAGUUUGUGGUGUUUGCAAAAAUGAAUGACACUGUGGAGGCCCGGCUGCGCUGCUUCUGCAUGACCGACGACAAGGUGGACAAGACCUUAGAGCAGCAGGAAAACUUUGAGGAAGUGGCACGCAGCAAAGACAUUGAGGUUCUUGAGGGAAAACCCAUCUAUGUGGAUUGCUAUGGCAACCUUUCACCUCUCACCAAAAGCGGGCAGCAGUUGGUUUUUAACUUCUACUCUUUCAAGGAAAACAGACUUCCUUUCAAUGUGAAGGUUCGAGAUGUAGGCCAGGAGCCCUGUGGCCGCCUCUCCUUCCUGAGAGAACCCAAAACUGCUAAAGGCCUUCCACAGACUGCCAUAUGCAAUUUGAAUAUCACACUGCCGACUCACAAGAAGGAUAUGGAGUCUGACCCUGAUGAUGAGACUGAAAAGCCAGAACGACGUCAUACCUUUGCCUCCUUAGCUUUGCGUAAGCGCUACAGCUAUUUGACUGACCCAGCAGCGAAAACAACUGAUCGAAGCCCGCCAAGAACACAGGCUUCUGGCUACCCUCACAAACCUGUCUUUUCAACAAGGUCUUAUCAGGCGUGGUCGCCUGUUCCUAUCACCGUCCCUGGCCAAGCAAAGUCUGGGUUUGGUUCCCUCUCAAGCUCAUCAUCAAACACGCCUUCUGCCUCUCCCUUGAAAUCUGUAUGGUCCAUCAACUCUGCUUCCCCCAUUAAGACUAAUAUCCCUGGAUCACCAGCCUCCUCUGUAAAGUCAGUUAGUGACACAGCCUCUCCCAUUCGAUCGUACAGAUCUAUUUCAUCUCCUAUAAAAACUGUAAUCCACCAAUCCCAGUACCCUGUUCAGGUGUCCCCCAGCCCCAUGGCCUCUCCUGGUAAAAGUACUUCAGACCCUUUGUCAAUGAAAGGAUUUUCGGCAUUGUCCUGUAGAACCCCUAUCACAUCACCUGGAGGCGGAAGUCCUUAUCUUGAAAGAACAUCUAUGGGUCUGACCCCACCAACCUCUCCAAAAUCUUCUUUUAGCAUGUUUGGGUCUCCCCUGCCAUAUAAAACUAUAUUGGGAAGUUCAACUGGUACAACGCCAUCCUCCUCACCCAUUAAAACAGUCCCUGGUCUUACAUCUGUACGUUCUCUUGCAAUGGAUUCCACUGCUCCUGUAAGAAGCCUGUUCUCCUCUCUUUCCUCACCUAUUAAAUCCUCCAACCCUCCAAGUGCUGCUGCUCUGAUUAAUGGAACUGUUUCACCUGCACAGUACCGCUCUUCAUCCCCAACAACUCAUCUUGUGAGCAGCCUGCAAGAAAGAAUACAAGCAACCACCAACGCUGCUACUACAAGUGUUGAUGCAGCCUUUGAUGAGGUUGAAAAGACAUUCAAUUCUUGCUCUGCAGGUUACGGCACUUUAAAGUCUUUUUCUUCGUCUGCCUCCUCCUCAUACCAGUCCAUGAGGUCAUCAGCAUCUGGUUCACUCUACGCCUCCCUAAGAUCUCCUCCUAAUGUCACAACUGCUGUAACUUCAAGUACAAUGACUGUUCCAGUAUACUCUGUGAUGAAUGUGGUGCCAGAGUCCCAGUUGAAAAGGAGAACCGAGGUGCCUCCCUCAGUGGCUGUCCUUCUGUCGCCUAGAAAAAGUAUUCCUUCUGAUGGGAAUACUCAGCCCUCAUUUGCCAAAACUCUGUCCCCUGUCAAAGCACCCCUUUAUUCUUCCAGCAUCAAAUCCAGCAUGGCAUCACCAUUGUCAUCAAGCCAAGAAAUUCUAAAGGAUGUAGCUGAAAUGAAAGAGGACUUGAUAAGAAUGUCAGCCAUUUUGCAGACAGACCCAAACUCUACAGCUAGCAAAGGGUUUCAGUCUGAUUCUCCCAAAGAGGCUAAGAUAGAGGAUGAGGAGCCAUAUCGGAUUGUGGAGAAAGUAAAACAAGACUUGGUAAAAGUAAGUGAAAUCCUGACUAAAGAUUCCAGGAAGGAUGGUAGGAUUUCUCCAUCUAGAGGUUCUUUGGAUGACAUACACUUUUCAAAAGUGCAAGUUGAACAGCCACCAAGCAACUGGAGCUAUCCACCAAGAUAUGAGACAGUUGUUUCUCAAGCAAGAUCAAAAAACAUACCUGAUAGAGAUAUUAAUCUGUCUAAAGUGGUUGACUACCUAGCCAAUGAUGUUGGCACCAACACUUUCUCUAAAAUGCAUGACAUAAAACAGAAAGCAGAUGAAGGAAAAAGAGAAGGAGAGGGCAAAGAGAAGCAGAAACGAAUCCUAAAACCCACUAUAGCUGUUCAGGAGCAUAAGCUCAAAAUGCCUCCAACAACCAUGCGAUCUUCUCCCUCUGAAAAAGAAAUGAGUAAAGUGACUGAUGCACUUUUUGGUGGUGACACUGUGCUGGAAUCCCCUGACGACAUAUCCCAUGAGCAGGAUAAAAGUCCUCUCUCAGACAGUGGGUUUGAGACCAGGAGUGAGAGGACACCUUCAGCUCCUCAAAGUGCAGAAGGCACAGGUCCCAAGGCUCCAUUUCAGGAUAUCACAGUACCACCAGUUAUCACAGAGACUAGAACUGAAGUUGUGCAUGUCAUCAGGAGCUAUGAACCAGAGGAUGACAAGCAGUUAACAAUGGAAGAUGCAGAUUCUGAUAGAAAAAUAGACCCAGAUUUAAAGGGGCAUCAGACUCCUUCUUUAUCACUUCCAGACCAGAAUAAAUGCUAUUCUGUGAAAGGUAGCCCUGAUGAAGAUCCAAUGGGAAAGGGAAUGAGGGUGAAAGAGGAAACUCACAUCACUACCACCACCAGGAUGGUGUACCACAAACCAACUGGCAAAGAAGCUGCAUCUGAGAGGUGUGAAGAAACAAUGUCGGUGCAUGAUAUCAUGAGGGCUUUUCAGUCAGGAAAGGACCCCUCUAGAGAGCUGGCUGGAUUGUUUGAACACAAGUCUUGCAAUGAGGAAGUGUCACAAAGAUUGCUUGAGGACUCCAAACCUAAGGUUGAAAGAAUAAUUGAGGUUCAUAUUGAAAAGGGCAGUAAAACAGAACCAACAGAAGUAAUAAUUAGAGAGACAAAAAAUCAUGCAGAGAAAGACAUGUAUUACUACCAUGGGAGUAGACAAGAAGACGAGGAGCCCGAGGAGUCACUUCCAGUGUACCUUGAGUCCCCUAGAAUGAAUACCCCUUUGUCACAGGAAGAAGACAGUCGUCCCACUUCCGCUCAGCUAGUGUCCGAUGACUCCUAUAAAACAUUAAAGCUACUUAGCCAGCAAUCUGUAGAGUACCAUGAUGAUGAAUCAUCGGAGCUUAGAGGAGAAUCAUACAACUUUGCUGAAAAAAUGCUAUUAUCUGAGAAAAUUGAUCAAUCUCAUUCAGACACUGAAGAGUACCUGAGAGAUAGAUCCCGGUACCAUUCACCUGACAGAAGCACUCCCAGUAAGGGUAGGUCAUCUGCGCCUAGAACUGAGUAUGUAUUUAGGUCAUCAAGAAAUGUCUUUGAUAAAUCGGGUCGAAUGGCUAAUGUUGAUGAUAACUUUGACAAACUAACACUUUUGCAAUAUUCCUCAGAGCCUGGUAGCCCUAAGCAGUCUGUUUGGAUGCGUGUGCCAGAUGACACACACAGUAAGGAGAAAGAACAAGUUGUAUAUGAGGACAGAGUGGAUAGGACUGUAAAAGAGGCAGAGGAAAAACUUAGCGAGGUAUCUCAGUUUUUUCGGGAUAAAACAGAACAGCUUAAUGAUGAACUGUCAUCUCCAGAGAAGAAGUCUCGAAGAUCAGACUUCAGGGAAUCCCGAUCAGGGCCGAGUUCAACCCAAAGUAGCCCAGAGAGGUCACCCUAUAAAAGUGGGACAAAUGGGGAGGAGUGGAACAGAGAAAGAUUAAGAGAUAGAUUUGGUCCUAGUGAUAGAAAAUGUGCCAGUUUACCUAGCAGUCCCGAAAGAAGGGUAUUGCUCCAGUUAAGUGAUGCUGACUCUAGAAAACAAGGAGAUGGAAAAUUACAGGAAAGUGUUAGUGAUUGUCCUAAAUCUUUUCAAGUGUCUUCUUCCAAAGUGAGUGCAGUCAGAUUAAAGUUUGAACAAGAGGCUCAAAAGCAAGACAGGGUAAGUCCAGGGAGUCAUACCCAAAAUUCUCCUAUCAGGAAACUUCAGGAAACGAGACUACCAGUAUAUCAAAUGUUUUCUGGGUCUAGUAUUCAAAAAGUACCUGACAGUCCAGCAACCCAAAGAAAAUACCCAGAUACUACGUCACAUAAGCCAUCGCCCUGUCAGGAAACCAGUCGAAAAGAUCAGGAAGACAGCAAAUCAUUCAAAGCAUGGGAAAGCCAGAGGUAUGGACACUGUAAACCUCAGUCUUCAAAAUUAUCAAAUUAUUUGGCUCAUGAUUCUGUAAAAGAUUGCAGUAGUGAUUCCCAAAGGCAAGAAACAACUAAAAAGAUAAUUUAUACAGAAUUUGUUGUCAGAGAAGGUACAAGUACCAAUGACAGUCAAAAAAAAAACUCGGAAUCACAAAUUCCUGUAAAAAAAUCAUUUAAUUUUUCAGAAAACCACAAAUCCACCUCUUUAAAAUUAGAUGAACCAAAUGAAAUACCUGGGCAUCCAACAUCUACUUUAGGUAGAAAUCUGUUACACAGCAGCUCUGAAUCAAAUAAGUCUACUCACCGACGAUCCUUAGGAAAAUCCAUAGAAAGUAGCCAGUCAAAUGUAGUGUGUAAUGGUAUUGAUGAUGAUCAGGUACAAUACUUGGAUCAAGCAAUUCCCGUAGUUGUGACUGAGGGUUUCAAAGAUAUUAAACCUUUACCAGUGUAUGUCAGCAUCCAAGUUGGAAAGCAAUAUGAGAAGGAAACAACUUCAGGGCAGAAGGGGACUUACAAAAAGAUUGUGAGUCAUGAGAGUAGAACAGUACAUGAAACGAGAGGUGCAGUCUGCAGUGUCAAACAGAAACAGUCUCCUUCUCCUCAAGGAAGUCCAGAAGAUGACACUCUUGAACAGGUAACUUUCAUGGAUAGCUCGGGGAAAAGCCCUGUAACUCCUGAGACUCCAAGCUCGGAGGAACUGAGCUUAGCGUCAAGAACACCAGACUCUGUGAUUGGUUUCAUGACUGGCAUGCCAAGCCCUAUCCCUGAGGAAUCUGAGGAGGAAGAUGGAAAGACCUUCAUCUAUAAAGAACCAUUAAAAGAAAAACCUAAGUCAGCCACCUCAGAGAUUCCCAGUAAAAAGCAGGAUGCAGAAAGAGGGAAGUCAAAGGAGAAAAGAGUUGCCUAUAUAGAGUUUCCACCCCCGCCUCCAUUAGAGUCAGAGCAGUCCAGUGCUAAGAAAAGGACUGCAUGUACUACCUCUGAGGCAGAGACAGAGAUGAUGGAGGUAAAUCUGCAAGAGGAGCAUGACAGACACCUUCUAGCUGAGCCUAUUAUUCGAGUCCAGCCUCCAUCCCCUAUCCCCCCAGGAGCUGAUAACAGUGAUUCUAGCGAUGAUGAGUCUGUCUUCCAUCCUGCCCCUGUCAAAAAGUACACCUUUAAAAUUAAAGAAGAUGGAGAAAAAUGUCAGAAAAACAAAAAGUUUGAGAAAGAUGGAAAUGGAAAGGAGUCUGGUGCUAAUGGUGGUGGAAAGGGAGAGGACACUGAAUUGGAACAAAAUGGAAAUGAUCAGUCAAUCACUGACUGCUCAAUAGCUACAACCGCUGAGUUCUCCCAUGACACAGAUGCUACAGAGAUUGACUCUUUAGAUGGAUAUGACCUUCAGGAUGAAGAUGACGGACUAAGUGAAGACCCUAAAACAUCUAGCUUGUCCAAUGACGGGAAAACUGCUGACCGUUCAUUUAAUCAGUCCAAGCUUGAAGUAAUAGAAGAAGAGAAAUGUGAGGAAGGAGGUGACAUUGGAAAGAAUAAAAGUAGUGCAUCUGCAGCAAAAGCAAGUGGUGAUAAGAAAGACUAUACCCUUGAAGGAAGACACCCAGAUAGAAAGAGCUCUGGGGAGAACUAUUUUGGAUACCAACUUCAAGAUGAGUUAAAUACAACCUUUAAAACUGUUGCUACAAAAGGUCUGGACUUUGACCCUUGGUCAACAAAAGGUGUAGAUAAUGAAGGGCUUUUUGAGUCUAAAGCAAAAGAAGAGGACCCAAAACCUUACAGUUUGUCGGCUGAGGAAAAAUCACAGGCUACAACACCUGACACAACCCCUGCUCGAACACCAACUGAUGAGAGCACGCCAACUAGUGAGCCUAACCCCUUCCCUUUCCAUGAAGGGAAGAUGUUUGAGAUGACACGCAGUGGUGCUAUUGACAUGAGCAAGCGGGACUUUGUUGAAGAGAGGCUUCAGUUUUUCCAGAUUGGUGAGCAUUCCUCUGACCCUACAACAGGGGAAAGGGGGAGAGGGGGAAUGAUCCAGGGGGUACCUUCCUCUCAGUCAAAAACUGGGGAGAGGUCAACAGUAGAUGGAAAGGUGACGGUUGUAGAUGUUACCUUAGACAGCAGCAGCACUAGACCAACAACACCAGCUACAACUGCAGCCAAAUACAAUCCUGCACAGCCUGGCAGUGACAUAGGUUGUGCUGUUACUAAUAUCCCUGCCUGUGAAGCCAUAGCUGAGACUGCCUCUUCAUGCACAAUCACUGCCUCUAAGGUUGAUUCCAAAUUACGAACUCCCAUUAAAAUGGGCAUAGCUGCCUCCAUAACUGUAAAGAAAGACUCAGGGGAUCUCCUGGACAGUAAAACUGAGUUGUCUGAGGGUCAGGUGGUGCCAGAAUACAUUAGUAUAGAGGGUAGGUGUUUGGAGAAACAGCCUAGCAGCCAUGCUGAGCCUAGGAAAGAAAAAAAAGAAUAUCCAUCUGAAAACUGCAACAACAACAAUAACUUGGAAUCAUCCAGUGUUCAGGCCAACUAUAUUCAUUGUGGUAGUUUAGUUUUUAAUUUACAGUCUUCCUCUGAGCCCACUCUACAGAAAGCUAGCAGAAUAGAAACCCUAUGCUGUAAAGAUAAGAAUGAGAGAGUCGAAGAGCCCACUAGCACUCAGGUUCAAGAGCAGAAAACAGAAGUAGUUAAAGAAAGUGAGGCAAAGCUGCCCAGGUCGAGGCUUCCUGUCAAAGCAUCAGGGUGGUCUUUUCAUACACAGGGAACGACUGUUGGGAAGCAGAAACCCAAACAAGCAGUAACAGGUGAGGUCAGGAAAAGAGGAGAUCCAUUGAUUGCUAAAGUUGAGCCUAGAUCAAGGAUACCGGUCAAAGAUGUUAAGAGGAUCAGUCAUGCUUCCACAGUUAGCUUACCUGUCUCAGUUCGUAUUACAUCACGUCCUGUAAAGACACUGAAUACAGCAAGAGCAGCCGUACAGCUACCCACAAGGCAACCACAAAAGGAUAAGCAUCAGGUCUGCAGUGUCACCAAUGAAGGAGCAUCUAGACAGAAUAGACAGGAAAACCCUAGUGAACUUUGUAAGCGCACCAUCGAAUACUUUAAAGACAUUAGCGGGGAGACGCUAAAGUUGGUGGAUCGCCUGUCAGACGAGGAGAAAAAGACGCAAACAGAGCAGUCGGAGGAAGACAGCACCUCCCGAAGCACCUCUCUGUCGGACGCCUCCCAGCCUUCCCAGCCCUCCCAGCCCUCCCGCUCAUCCAGGUCUGGUAGAGGUUCGAGGGCUGAGGCCGGGGCCGCGUCCGUAAGGGCAAAGGUGGCGACGACGGACAGGGCUUCCGGCAGUGAGAGGAGGAGAAGGAGUAGGCGGACUGGUGGGAAGGAGGGCAGUCAGGGACUCACAGGGUCUCGAACGCCUCCCAUCGCGGAGAUCAAGCCUAGUCCCCAAAGUCCUUGUGAGCGAACAGACCUGCGCAUGGCCAUCGUUGCAGAUCACCUGGGCCUCAGCUGGACAGAGCUGGCUCGGGAGAUGAACUUCACAGUGGAUGAGAUCAACCACAUAAGACUUGAGAACCCAAACUCUCUGACGGCACAGAGCUUCAUGCUUCUUAAAAAAUGGGUCAGUCGUGAAGGGAAAAAUGCCACAACGGAUGCCUUAACUGAAGUGCUGACCAAAGUCAAUCGGAUGGAUAUUGUGACUUUGCUGGAGGGCCCAAUAUUUGACUAUGGUAACAUUUCAGGCACGAGAUGUUUUGCCGAUGAUAACGCUGUUUUCCGGGAUCAGGCUGAUGAUUAUCAGAGCAUUCUAGCUGAGCUGCAGUCUCCUGCUGCUCUGCACUCCACUCCCCACUUCCUGGAGCAUGAACUCCCAGUCACCCCCAACCCUUCCCUUCCUCAACAUCAGCAUCUCCAUUACCCCAAACCAGACUCCUCUCUUCAGACUUACAGUAACCCACAGCUCACUGCCUGGAGCCCAGAGGUUGAAGCUUGUAGCAAAGAGCCAGAGAGCUCCCCUAAGAGUCCCCCAAGGCCCUGUGACCUUGCUCUGCCCGUUCCAACCUUUGAUUUUCCCGAUCCUCUUCCUUCUAAGGUCAGAAAGCCCCAUAUUGCUUUAAAUGACCAGCUUCUUUUGAGUGAAGAGGAGGACAGAUCUUUUCAAGAAAUGCAGCCAACCCUCAAGCCCAGGUCACAGUCCUUCCAAACAAUGUGUGAAUUGGACGUCGAAAUGGCAUUCUCUACGUCUUCACCUUCGCUGUCAUCCAUGUCUUCAAUAACUCCAUCAUCCCCCGACAGAACGUGUUUUGGUGUGCAGAUGGCCAACACCCUUGAUGUGGCACAAGACGACGUAGGUCAGAAAGGAAGUCAAAUGGAAGUCAAAGAAGAAAUUGAAAAGGUUGUUGAGAUUGUUGCAGCUCAGUUAGCAGAGAGGAGUGGAUUAGUGCAGAAGUUGGUAGAACAAGAAUUGAUUAAAAAUGUGGAGAGAAAGUGUGAGAUGGUUGCAAAAGACAGGUCUCAGUUGGAAGAAGAAAAAACAAAAUUGGUGGAACAGAAAUGGUCUACAGAGCAGGCCAAAAGUCAUGUUAAUGUACAGCACGAUGGUGUUCAAGAUGGGAAUAAAACAGGGGUAUAUAAGGAGGAGAAGGCUAGAGAUGAACAAAAUUUCUUAACGGAGAAUAUUAAUCUAAUAAAAACUGAACAUAAAGGAUUGAAAGAGGUUGUUUUUCAACCUCCGGCUGCUGGGGAUAAAGUACAAGUGAAGGAAAAAUUGGAAGAGGUUGAUUUAGAACUGCGUUAUAAAGAAGGAGCACCAGAACAUCAGCCUGUUUCUGAAAUUUCCCCUCAAGCUUGGGUUGAAGCGCUUGAGCAACUUCAGCCUAGUGAGUCUGGAUCCAAUGAGGAAGAACAGCAACGAGACAGAGAAAUGCCAGAGGAAGGAUCUUUGUUGGAGGAGGUGAUUAAAGAAGGCUCAGAGGAAAAGAAGGAGCAGGACACAGAAGUGAUUGAAUCAAGGCAUCAGAAGAGUUUUGAGGAGGUUGAACAUGCAGAAAAAAACAUAUGCUCACUUUCAGGAUGGCACAGUGAUUCAUCCAGCGUCAAUGUUGAGCCACCAACACCAGGCCGCAGUGUCAGCUCAGACCUACUGGACAGACAGGAAAGCCAGGAAAACUCUAGUGAGUCUAUCACCUCCUCGUCCAGAGCUGAAUCAGGGAGAUCCCGACCUAAUGGCGACAACUCAAAGCACUCACCUCAGGACGCCUCAUCGGAGUCAUCUAAUGGAAGAAAAGACAGCACACUAGUGUCGGAGAAAAAAAUUCAGCGGGUUAGUGUAGAUUCCGGUUCAGAUGAAGAACAGACUGUGACCACCAGAAUCUUCCGCCGUCGUCUCAUUUUAAAGGGAGAAGAAGCCAAAAACAUCCCAGGCGAGUCUAUGACAGAAGAGCACUAUAUGGACAAGGAUGGUAACCUCAUCAGUAGAAAAGUGAUCAGGAAAGUGAUUCGACGAGUCUCAACUCCAACUCCAGAAAACCAAGGAGGUGACAGGUGGAAAAGUGACUUUCACCACAGUCCCAUUCAGCAGGACUUUGGUUCUGAGCAGGGUGAUGGAGUAAGGAAAUGCAGACGAUCAGGGGAUAAAAAGCACCACUCGUAGGAAUGGUUUGGAGUUAUCAGGCUCACAGGAACCAUUGUUUAAGUCACCUGGGAACAACUGCUCAAACCAUUUUGAGGGUUCCAUUCAUUGGGAAGCAAUUAAAUAAAAGCUCCAGUCUGCUUCAAACAAGUGAUAUUUCUUUCCCGUAAGAGGAGUCAGACACUCUCGGUUUUACGCAUGAGCAUGAAAAACUCACUUUGGGUCAGUAAAAAAGGACCAGGUGGUUCCUUUCUUUUUUCGACUGCGGUGGACCAUUGGACAGAGAUUCUGCUUCCUGUUUGGCGUGAAACAGUCUGUGUUGCAGAUCUACUGAUGGUGCGAGAACUUUCUCAGGAGCAUCAUUUGCUGUUGGAAUAAGAAAAAGGACUAAACAGGCACAACUGUGACCAAAGAUGGCACAAAAGCUCAAGGAAAGAAUAAAGCAGACACUGUACCACAAAAAUAAUCAACCGGAGCUCUUUUGAACCCGACUACAACACUCGCCUUAUAGUCUUUUUUUCUUGUUUCAUUGCUCUCAAGAUGUAAAUUGUUUGAGGGGUUGUUUUUGUUUUUGCUCCUUUUUUAAAUUUAAACUAACAGGAUAAGCUUUUUUUCUGUCUAGAGAAUGGGCAGUGUAUAAUUCUGAAAUAAAGGGCGCGUUAUUGAUAAGGGGCACUGGGGAGAAGGAUCCUUUUCAAGUGCUUUCAUAAACUACAGAAGCAGUUCAACUUUUAAGGAUCUGACUAACUUCACCAGUUCUUGUAUAUUUAAUUAUUAGAGCAGGUUUAAUGUUUGUACACACAAAAAGAUGGUUUGAUUUUAAUAGGGAGAAUGGGGAAUUUCCAGAAACUUUCUCUUCCCACCUUGGGAGCUGAUCUAAUUGAAAAAAAAAAAAAAAACAGCCUUUCAGAGUUACUCAUAUUUUCAUGCAUGCUGUUCACCUUAUUUUAGGUACAAUUUUUACAAGUUUGCAAAUACUGUAUUCAAGUGAUAAAACCCUUUAUCUCUGUACACAUAAAGCCCUGAAAGGUUUCACCUGUUUUAUAUUUUGAACUGGCAAAUAAUGCCAUUCACUUGUUUUUAAUGCUGGGGCUGAGGAUGAAAAGCAUAUAGCUCGUUUAGGGUGUGAUGUCUCGUCUGUUUGUGUUAAAAACUGAAAGGGGCCGACUUCUGCUACUAGGACAAGGUGACCUGAAUGUAAAUGCUUGUAGGCGGGCUCGCUGUGAAAUUCAACUCGUACUGUGUGUAUUGGCAGUAAGGUGUUGGGAGUCCAUGUACACUGUUAGACUGUUUGUUACCAUUUUAGCUAAGUGUGGAUUUGGUUUUCUAACAGCUGGUGUGGUGUUAAUAAAGAAGUAUUGGGGCAUUCCUUUUUUUGAGGGUGGAUAUUUUAAUCAUAGGGUGGGGGGCAGGGAUAUUACAAUGAUUUAAAAGACAAUACGGACGAAUAAAGAUUUGAUUGUAGCUCUACAUAGAGUAAUGUAUGACAAAACAAUGGAUCAAAAACAUUAAUUUAAGCAUCAAUAAAUUGUGUUUAACUCUGAAACUGUGUUAUCUCUUUAGAAUUGAGGGACUGUAUAUGCAGUGUGAAAAAAAAUGUUUUCAAUAGCUCACUGAGAGGAUUUUAUUUUGUAUUAGGAGCCAUCUUUGUAUUGGUUUCAUUAGGUUAAUUUAGUUCUAAAGCGUGGUGUUUUACUGAUGCAAGGCCUCAGUAUGCUGAUGUCUAUGCUGUGGACAUAAAAAAACAACUAUGUAACCUGUUUUUAUUUUCUUUUGGUUGGGGAUACUUAAAGAACAUCAGAUAGGGUGCAAAAUGACGUCCUGCACUACUUCUAUGUCAGAUGAUGGGGGGGCUAUAAAAGAUCCUUUGAUAUGAUUGGGAAUAGUUUUUUUUUUUUUUUUUUUGUCAAUUUUGUUUAAAAUGUGUUUUCACUUGAGCAGACUUUUUGAUGUACAAUUCCUACUAACAGAGUGAAGCCAUUGAAAAUGUUAAUAUUCUAGCACUUUGGUUAUUCAAGGUCUUUUAGAGGCUAUAGCAGCAAAUGAUGCCACCACAAAUGUUUCAGACAUCUUUAAAAGAUUUCAAACAAAACUUUAAAAAAAUAAAUAAAAAUGCAAAUAUUU